AGGUUGGACCUGUAAAUUGGAGUUCGUUGGAAGCUGUACUAGUCGCGGAGGCAUACUAGUAUAAGAAAGAAAGAACCUUUGGACCGGCGAGGUGGCCAUUUCCUGCUUCUCCUCCUCCGCAUACCUUGUUGGUUCCCAGAUCACCGGAGGAAGCGAGAAGCAGAGAGGGGGAGAGGUCGGGGAUGAGGUGGGCGGCGUUCUUGUGGGAGGGCGUGUCGCGGCGGGCACCCGGCACCAACAACGGCUUCUCCAACCUCGUCCUCGUCGUCGCGGCCGCAAGUAGUGGAGGCCUCGUCGCAUAUGCUGAUUCCAUAUCAGAUGAUGCUGUUGACAAGCCCCAACUUCCUCCGAGGAAAAAAGUUGUAGUUCUUGGGACUGGUUGGGGUGGCACUACAUUCCUGAGGAAUCUCGAUAGUAAAUUGUAUGAUGUGCAAGUUAUAUCGCCACGGAACUACUUUGCAUUUACACCAUUGCUCCCAAGCGUCACUUCUGGAACAGUUGAGCCAAGGAGCAUUGUUGAGCCAAUUCGCAGGAUUUUGGAAAAGAAAGGUGGAGAAAUCAAGUUUUGGGAAGCGGAGUGCUUCAAGAUCGAUCCAGAAAAUAAGAAGAUUCAUUGCCGCGCAAAUAUCGGGACAAAUCUUGAUGGGAAUGGCGAGUUCUUGGUUGACUAUGAUUAUCUUGUGGUAGCAGUUGGAGCUAGGACGAAUACAUUCAAUACUCCUGGUGUGGUCGAGAAUUGCCACUUUUUGAAGGAAGUAGAGGAUGCUCAAAAGAUCCGACGGAGUGUGAUGGACUGCUUUGAGAGGGCAAGCCUUCCUUACCUGGAUGAAGAAGAGAGAAAGAAGAAUCUUCAUUUUGUUGUUGUGGGUGGUGGACCUACUGGCGUGGAAUUUGCAUCAUCGUUGCAUGAUUUUGUUACUGAAGAUUUAUCCAAGCUUUAUCCUUCGAUUCAGCACCUUGUCAAGAUAUCAUUGAUCGAAGCUGCAGAUCACAUAUUGACCAUGUUUGACAAGAGGAUAACAAACUUUGCUGAGGACAAGUUUGGAAGGGAUGGCAUUGAUGUGAAAACUGGAUACAAAGUUGUUAAGGUUUCUAAGGAUGCUAUUACCAUGCAAAAUCCUGCCACUGGGGACAUCUCAGUUCCUUAUGGAAUGGCUGUCUGGUCCACUGGUAUUGGGACUCGUCCAUUCAUUGUAGAAUUCAUGAAACAAAUUGGCCAGGCCAAUCGGCGCGUCUUAGCCACUGACGAAUGGCUAAGGGUCCUUGAAUGUGAUGGUGUCUAUGCAAUAGGUGAUUGUGCUACAAUAAACCAGAGGAAAGUUAUGGAGGAUAUUUCAGAAAUAUUCAGAGUUGCAGAUAAAGAUAAGUCUGGAACCUUGACUGUUAAAGAAAUUCAAGAUGUCUUGGAUGAUAUUUAUGUGAGAUAUCCGCAAGUGCAGCUCUACCUUAAGAGCAAGCAAAUGAACGGUAUUGCUGAUUUAGUAAGGAGUGACAAAGGAGAUGCUGAAAAGGAAUCUGUGGAGCUGAAUAUUGAAGAAUUCAAGAAGGCUCUCUCACUUGUGGAUUCACAAGUCAAAUUUCUACCUGCAACUGCUCAGGUCGCUUCGCAGCAAGGGCAAUAUCUUGCUAGGUGCUUUAAUAAGAUGAAGGAUGCUGAAGAACAUCCUGAAGGUCCAAUUCGCAUUAGGGGAGAAGGCCGUCAUCGCUUCCGUCCCUUCAGGUAUAGGCAUCUCGGCCAAUUCGCCCCGCUAGGAGGGGAGCAAACUGCUGCACAGCUACCCGGAGACUGGAUCUCCAUUGGCCACAGCACACAGUGGCUCUGGUACUCCGUGUAUGCAACCAAACAAAUAAGCUGGCGCACGAGGGCACUGGUGGUAUCUGACUGGACGCGUCGCUUCAUCUUUGGAAGAGACUCGAGCUGCAUAUAAUCACAGAAGGAAACAUUUUGCUGUGACAUAUUUCAGAUGUUUAAGGCCAAUAGAGCCUCCCACUUGAGUUUGGUUUACAUAAAAAUUCUUUUUUGUUAAGGGAAAGAGUAAAGAGUUCCCUCGCAUUUGUGUAGUGCACCACGAAGAAACUCCUUUGUAUUCUUUUGGAGAGUUGUUUGCUCGAUUCUUUAGUAGCUCCUUUACCACUAAGAUGAUCGAAGGGGGCCAGUUUUGGACCUGAUUUUGUUCGGUGAAAUUCUAUUUUGUCAGUCCAUUUGCUUAUCUGAAGUAGAGAAUUGUAGCAACCAGAUUGGACAUGUUUCAGUAGCUCAUGGGGACCUGUGCACUUUGUUCAGUUUUGGUUACUGGGGGAUUUUUUGAGCAGCAUAUAGGAGAAAUAGUUGGAGAUGGCUUUUGUCUUGCAGUUGAAAUAGUUAAAGAGUUGCUUCAGGACAAAACAACUUCCUGUAAAUGCUGCUUUAGGUGCAGCUGUUUUGACAUCCUGGAACACAACCAUCCAUGGGGCAGACAGUUCCCUCAAACACAGGGCAAGAUGUACAAGUUAAGGUAGAAAUGUAGAAAAGAUAUAUAAUCCACGGCCAGGAAAGAUAUAGCAAAACAAUCUCUGACCCAAAAUUUAAGAAAUUCAGAAGAUAUAAACACUGGUAAACUUCAAUAUCUCAGAUGAGAACUCAAAAGUCAAAGACAGUCCCUGUCAUACUGUGUGUUUCUCUUUCAAAGAGGAACCAGUUUGACAGUAAUCCGGCAGACAACAGAAUAGUAAUAUAAAGGUAAACACCUUUGAAUCUGAAUUUUCAAAUCAUUCUAGAACGUACACUACACGGACCAAUCCAAUUGCAUCAUCACAUGGAGGCAAAAUAUUUGUCCCUUUGAAAACGAAAGAACGAAAAGAGAAUAGCAACUUGCGCGCGUUCAGUUUUAAAAGUCAAGGAUGUAUGAUUACAUCUAUCUGGCUAUGAAAUGGAAAUAAAUACUUAACAAAUCUUCCAGUAUGAAUGAAUUCCAAGACAGCAACAGCUUGUCCAAACCACAUAGGACUAACACUGUAACACAUAAUGUUCCAUUAUUAUCCACCUCUUGGGUUGGGUGGGUUAGGUAUAGGUGUACUUCUACCUAAUUCUUCCAGCUCAACAGUUUCAUUAGUACAGAUCAUAUAUGAACAAAAGAACAAGAACAAUUAUAUCAGUACAGAUCACACAUCAGAAUAAAGGAACAUGAGAACCAGAUGCCUGAGCCCAGAAUGUUUGAUGUUCUCAAGGACCUAUCAGUUGACAACUCAAUAUGACAUGAAUCUCAGGGUGGCACCACAAGGCUAUUACCUCUUUUUUAAUAGCUCUGCAGAGAAGAUUCCCUGGAUAAUUGGUGCUAAGCCAAUUUAUUAACAUUAUUUUCUAGCUGCAAUAUGAGUUGCAUAAGCAAGUGGAUCAAAGAAUUAGUGUAACAUGAUGGGAGAACUUUCAUUGUGCCUUGAGAUUAUAUUACACUUUUGAUAUUGAUAGGACAGCAGCUGGGGAAUGUAUCACGUUCGCGCGUUGAGUCCACAACACAAGUACAUGACUUAGCACAGAAGAUAUUAUUAUCAAGCAGUGAUUGUAAUCUACAUACAGACCCAGGGAAGAAAUGCAGCAUGAAGCUCAAAUCCUAAUUACACAAAGCCUCAUUCUUGUUCCAAGCCGAACCUUCACAAAAGCCCCCAAAACCAUUCAACAAAUGGAGUGCGAAGGAUGGUAUGUUGCGCCUAUAAGAUGGUAUGUUCAAGCAACCGAUGGUUUUCAGAGUUUACAGCCACCGUGUCUACACUGAAUCAACCCCUUCGAUCUGCUGGCGAGCAAGGUAUCUCUCUCUUCGUUCCUUCUGAAAUAAUAUAAUCAAGAAAUUAGCACAUGAUCACAUGAGGCAGAGCCGCGUCUCAAACACUAUUAGAAGACUAGGCGCUGCCAUUUAAAACUACGGAGCAUUUAUCUUACCCAUUCAUCAAUCACAAGGCCUUCACCAACAAUACGGGGACCGUUGUCCUCUGGAGGUUUCUUGCGUGCCUCAAGGGCGGCUUCUGCUUCAGCAAGCUGGCGCUUGAGUUUGUCCAUUUGCUUUAAAAAUGUUGCCAGCAAGUGUAAGCCAACUUGUUAUUUUUAUAAAAAUUUGCAUUGCGAUACGAAAGAAAUCAAAAUGAAGGAAGAGGCUUUGCUCAGACUUACUGGGCUCGGACGAUCAGCAUCCAAGAAUACUACCCGCAGAAUUUGCUCAAUUGCAACCUGGUCCUUCUGCUCAUCAAACUGCAACGUAAGGUUAAAACUUCAGCUCACCCACUGAUUCGAAUGGAGAUGAGUAAGUGGAGGUUUCCAACAAUUAAACUGGACACACUAAGCCUGUCAUGGAUGCUGGAGAGAAAGGAUUUACCAAUUCAGGGACAUACUCCGUAGGCCCUUUGACUUUAAGGCUGACAAUCUUGAACUUAACCUUGCACUUCUGCUCUAACGGUUUCUCGUUAUUCUCUGGAUGCUCCACAAACUUGAACACUGUCAUUCAAUGCACAGGUCAGGUUGUUACAAUCGGAGGACACCGCAAUUAUGGAUAAUAUUCAUCGGCCUCGAAUUACCUGUUGCUAUGAUGCUUUCUCCUGGAGCAAGUAUGCCCCCGGGAGGCCUCAUGAAACAACUCUUUGGUGCUGUCGUUUGGAACUGGAACAGAAAACAUGCCUAAAAUUAGUGUCUUGAUGAUAGGUAUUGUGCAGCUGAGGGGCUAAAUUAUUGUACUACUUGCAGUUAGGGCUAACCUACCUAGGAACAGAUUGCUUGGAAAAUUUGCGAAACCAUUAGCAUAGCAUCAAACAAUAACAGAAUCAACUUGCAGAGUUGAUAAAGAGACAAUUGUCUGUUACCUUGAAGGCCACAUGGGACUUGCUGAUGUUCUUGAUCCUAACCGCGCUCCGGACUUGCUUCCCAGGUUCGUCUUUACCAAUCAAAAUUAGAAGCCGAAUUAGGCGAAUAAAUCGGAUGAAUGAACAACUUCUUUCCUAAUAAACUGAAUAUUUGGCACGCCCUUUACUAUCCAUCGAUUUAAUCUAUGGGAUACACAGGUUAAUGAAUAGUCGUACAGAAAUUCGUUUAUAAAAAUCCUCUUUUUUUCCUACACAAACAGAAAUUCGAACAGAUGUUUCGCAGAAGAAACAAAGAGAGAUUUAUGGGAAUAAAAAAUCGAACAAACAAAACCAAACAUAAUACGAACACCAAAGGCAACGCCUCGAACAUAAUCAGUAACUCGUGUAGCAAAGGGAGAGGCAGCUCCAAUCCAAAACACAAGGAGAGGCAGAAACAAUUGAAAGGAGCGACCUUUUCGGAGGACCAGCCGCCGAGAAAUUAAUCAAGUAGCAGUAGAACGAUAACAAGAACAAUAACACCGUGCGUGACUGCGUGCGUACAUGGGAAGUAGAGCUUGGCGGGCGGGUCGAGGCGCAGGCGGCGGCGGCUGGGCAGCAGCGACCGGAUCACCUUGGCGCCACCACCGCCGGAGCCAGACGGCGCGCGGGAGCCGGAGCCCUCGGCGGCCGGCGGCGCGGACGCUGUCCCCCAAAGCGGCAUGCGGCACAGGCCCCAGCGCCCGGUGGUGUCCGCCUCCUCCUCCCGGCGCUCCUGGUGGUCGUAGGGGCCCUCCUCUAGAGGCAGCAGCAGCAACGUGUCGCCGUCCACCGUCGGGCGCUUGCUUCUUGGUAUCCGGGGGGGGG